ACCGUUAUCACUCCAAGCCGGAGGGGCAUGGUUUCCCAUGUGAUAUAGAAUGUGCUCAUUUCAGCUGAAUAUAUUCUCGUCGGUGCUUCUAAAUGCCGAGUCUCAAUCGUUGUCAGCUGCUGGUCAAGCUGCCUCUGCAACGUGCCGAAGCACUGCACAGUGUUUUUUAUUAAUUUUCAACACCACAUCCACACCCUUUGCCACUAGUACCACUCGACCGGCAGAACAGUGCCUACGCCUAGGUCUUCGGAAGCCUUCCAUACAUCCCUAUCUCCCAGCCACGUUCGAUUCGAAUGAGGAAGGUGAAUCGCUCACACGAACUCUUCGGAACGCUGUAUCUCCUCUCGUCAGCCUGACCAAAACCCAAGGCUUGCUCAGUGACGAAUUAUGAACAACCAUCAAACCGUUAUGUGGGGAAGCUUGUGUAUUUACAUUACCCCCUCCCUCUCCGCCUGAACUUCUUUCACUGCGGCUAAACUUGAAAAUCUGGAGAACCCGACGGCUCGCCGGGAUUUUGAAACAGCAAAGCUGGGGUAAGAUCCCAAGAAGAUGGGACUAGUCGCCGCGAAAGCUUCAUUGACCAAUCACACAAUUCGGCAGUUAAUAUAAUCGAACAGAAACAUCGGGAGAAGUUGGGCUGAGGGCCAAGAACGUGUCGGGCGUUAUGAGAAAGGCGGCGUUGCCGAAGAUAUUGACCUCCCAUUGGGAUGUGAAGGUCAUAAAGUUGGACGAGAUAUAUAUUGCAUGCUAACCAUUAGACAUUUUUCUGUCAUUACAUAGCCUAAAAUGCCGCAGACUCAAGGUAGCUUUAAAGCUCGAACGCCGUG